GUUCUCCCUCCCCCUCCGUUUCGAUCGCACUGGCCGUGCAAAAGGACGACCCCACACCACUGCACCCAAGCACAAAAAAUAAUUACAACAGACACGCAAACACCGAUGUCAGCUGCGGAGGAACACAAGAUUGUCCCGGUCAUCGCGCUCCACGCCGGUGCCGGCACCAUCCGCCGCGACACGAUGACCCCGGAGCAGGAGACGGCGUACCGGGCUGGGCUGCGGGACGCGUUGGAAGCCGGCCGCACCGUCCUCCUCGCCGGCGGCAACGCGAUGGACGCCGUGACGGCCGCUGUUGUGUCGAUGGAGGACAACCCGCUCUUCAACGCCGGCCGCGGCUCCGUCUUCACGAGCGACCGCACGCACGAGAUGGACGCGGCCGUCAUGUCGGGUGUGGACCGGGCAUGCGGUGCCAUCACCGGCAUCUGUGGCCCGCGCAACCCGGUGCUGGCCGCCCGGGCGGUGAUGGAGAAGUCGGAGCACGUCUUUCUGGCCGGCGACGGUGCCCGCCGCUUCACCGAGACGAGUGCGCUGACGAUGAUGCCGCCGACGUACUUCGAUACCGAGUCGCGGCUGAAGGCGCUAGAGGCGGAGUUGGCCCACCGCGCCUCGGGGGCCUCCGACGACCACGAUGAGGCCCGCAAACACGGCACCGUCGGGGCGGCCGCGCUCGACGUGCAUGGUAACGUAGCCGCUGCGACGUCCACCGGUGGCAUGACGGCCAAGAUGCCAGGGCGUGUGGGGGACAGCCCGGUGAUUGGCGCCGGCACCUGGGCGGACAACCGUACCUGCGCCAUCUCCGCCACGGGCCAUGGCGAGUAUUUUAUUCGCUUUGCCGUGGGCCACGAGGUGGAUGCGCGGAUGCGCCUGUGUCACGAGUCGCUCGCCAAGGCCUGCGCGGACGUGAUCAAGGAGGUGGGAGAGAUGGGCGGCAGCGGGGGCCUCGUCGCCGUCGACGCGCACGGCAACGUGGCGCUUCCACUGAACUGCUCCGGCAUGUACCGUGCGUGGAUGGGCCGUGAUGGCGUGGUGCACACCGCCAUCUUCCACGACGAUGAUGAGUAG